UUUAAUAUGAUAGCUAUGUUAACAUUGAUUAUCUUAGCUAUUGUAUUAGUUAACAUUGUUAGCCCGGUGCCACUUAUCAUCAAACGCCAGGUACCACCACCCUAUCAGCUACCGAUAGUACUACUAGAUGGCCAUCAACCACACCAACACCAACAGCAUCGGCAACUAAUACCCAGUCUAGUUGGCCAACAAAACCAGCACCGUAUCAUCUACAAUGUCCAGCACCCGCAGCUAAUUGCUCCAGUAGCUGCACCGGUAGCUGCACCGGUAGCUGAACCGGUAGCUGCACCUGUAGUAGAUGAUCAACAACAUGAUGAUAAUGUCAAAUUACGUACCGGUAUUAGACUAAUGGAAAAUGAGAUACAACUGCUCCAGGAUAUGGCCGAUAAACGCCAGUUCCUCGGAGGAGGAGGAGGAGUGGGAGUGGAUGGUCAUCAACAACAAAUCAUCAAUAAGGAACAGGAGGCCCGGUUUCUGAGUUUGUUGCAAAAAUUUUUGAAAACAGUUGGCAUAAUGUUUAAGACAGCAUUUGGCUAACCUAACCAACCAACUAACUAACUGUUCCCAUAGUAGAGUAAAUUUUUAAUAAUAAUGAUU